GGGAGAACGUCUCUUACUACACACACUCUCUCUCUCCCCCUCUUUCUCUCGCACACUGAAAUAGAUUUAUGAUAAUGAGAAGCCUCAAGCAUAAGGGGUAGUAGGAGCCAUUUUAUUAAUUCACGCGAACGGUGUGGAGUUGUAGGUUCGGCGUGUUUGGGUGAUGAGAAGCUUUGGCUAGGUGACUGCGAUUUCUCUCCGGAUUCAAUUGGAUUAGCUACUCUGGAGUAGUGAGAGCAUGGAUACGCUGCAACAAAAGGGAACGACUAGACGGAAAGUUUAAGGGAAGGCGGCAGUAAUUACGUUCAAACCUGGUUUAACAUUAUCGAGGAGCAAUGCCCGUCAUUAAGUGGGAUUUGGUGUUUAUUCUUUUCGGCUGGUUUGAAAUAAUUUCCCUGUCGGAUUGCUACAGUACACACAUCAGUGAGAAUGCAGAGCCGGGGACGGUGAUAGCAAGUGUGGAACAGAGCGGGGCAUGCACCUUGGAUCAGGUAAUCGCUCCUAAAUUCUCAAAGACUUUUAUUGAAACUGAUGCGUCCGCGCGCAUUGUGUUCAUUUCGGGUCGUUUAAAUUGUGUCUCGCUCAGCUCCAACCCUUUCACCGUGUACACUGUUGUUGACUGCGUGAACAGUGGCCCAGGGUCCAGGCACCUCCUCACGAGCCAGUAUGAUGUGCAUGUUCACGGCAGGAACUGUUCAAGUAAACACAAAAUGAAAUCUCAAUGGGACUUGGAGAUCAUCAGUUUGUUUAAGGCCCAUAAUCAUCAGUUAGAAUGCUACGAGGCUGGUACUGCGCUCCUCCGGGUAUGGGAUCUACUACCCGCAUCCCGGACACACAGCAGUAUGCACUGCAAGGUGACUAGUAGUUCGGACUUCUACUUUUCGGAGGGGCAGUUGUUUGUGUCCAAGACCCUGUGUUUGAAACACGACACACUCCUUGAGCUAGACUUACAUUGUAACCAAUACACAGGAGAUGAGAGGGAAGCUAAAGUGAACAGCAUUUCAGUCCACUGGCGGGUGGGUCAAGGUUCUUUCAAGCAGGGCCACUUGGGGAAGUUACUACAGCAGGCUGCCCAGUCUGAGUCGGGCAUAGUGAGCAGGAGGAAGAGGGCUGUCAACAGUAGUCCCCAGUUUCAGCCUCCUAUGUACCAUGUGUCUGUGGCAGAGAAUAAGCCAGCUGGAACUCCUGUAGUUGUUUUAAAGGCAGUAGAUUCUGAUGAGGGGGAGGCAGGCAGGCUGGAGUACUUCAUAGAGGCCCUGUUUGAUAGCCGCUCUAACAACCUAUUUUCUGUGGACCCAGUCAAUGGAGCUGUCUCCACUGUGGAGGUGCUCGAUAGAGAGCAGAAGGACACCCAUGUGUUCCGUGUGAAUGCUGUUGACCACGGCACGCCCCGACGUACGGCCAUGGCCACCCUCACCAUCACAGUGAGUGACACUAAUGACCAUGACCCCGUCUUUGAGCAACAGGACUAUAAGGAGAGGGUCAGGGAGAACCUAGAGAUAGGCUACGAGGUGCUGACCGUCAGGGCCACGGAUGGGGACGCCCCGGUAAAUGGUAACAUCCUCUACCGUGUCCUCAACAGCAACGGCUCCAACGAUGUGUUUGAGAUUGACCCCAGGUCAGGGGUGAUCCGCACAAAGGGCCCGGUGGAUAGAGAGAUGGUGGAGGCCUACAUGCUGUUGGUAGAGGCCAACGACCAGGGUCGCGACCCCAGCACCCGCAGCGCUACGGCAACAGUUCACAUUAUUGUGGAGGAUGACAAUGAUAAUGCGCCCCAGUUUAGUGAAAAGCGAUAUGUGGUGCAGGUUCCGGAGGAUAUGGCACCCAACACAGAGAUCCUGCAGGUGACUGCCACAGACCAGGACAGAGGAAGUAACGCCAUGGUUCACUUCAGCAUCAUGAGUGGCAACACCAGGGGCCAGUUUUACAUUGACGCCCAGACAGGCAAGAUGGACCUGGUCAGUCAGUUGGACUACGAGGCUAACAAGGAAUACACCAUACGCAUCCGUGCUCAGGACGGGGGACGCCCGCCUCUCUCCAACAUCAGCGGCCUGGUAACGGUGCAGGUGGUGGAUGUCAAUGAUAACGCCCCCAUUUUCGUCAGCACCCCCUUCCAGGCCACUGUGCUAGAGAACGUGCCGGUGGGUUACUCCAUCAUUCACAUCCAGGCCGUUGACGCAGACUCCGGUGACAACUCCAGGCUGGAGUACUGCCUUAUUGAAACCACGCCCAACUUACCCUUUUCCAUCAACAACAGCAGUGGUUGGAUAGUGGUAGCUGCUGGGCUGGACAGGGAGAGCGUGGACUUCUACAACUUUGGGGUGGAGGCCCGUGAUCAUGGCCACCCGGUGAUGUCCUCCUCAGCUAGCGUUAGCAUGACCAUCCUUGACGUCAACGAUAACAACCCAGAGUUCACCCAGAGAUCAUAUUACAUGCGCCUCAAUGAGGAUGCUGUCGUGGGCACAAGCGUGGUGACGGUUUCUGCGGUGGACCAGGAUAUCAACAGUGUGGUGACGUAUCAGAUCUCCAGUGGGAACACCAGAAACAGGUUUUCCAUCACCAGCCAGAGUGGAGGGGGCCUCGUCACCCUGGCCCUGCCCCUCGACUACAAACUGGAGCGCCAAUACGUCCUGAGUGUCACCGCGUCUGACGGCACACGCUUCGAUACCGCCCAGGUGUUCGUCAAUGUCACCGACGCCAAUACCCACCGGCCCGUGUUUCAGAGCUCCCAUUACACCGUCAACAUCAAUGAGGACAGACCUGUUGGCACCACUGUUGUGGUGAUCAGUGCUACAGAUGAGGAUACCGGGGAGAACGCACGCAUAACUUACUUUAUGGAUGACAGCAUCCCCCAGUUCGACAUCGACUCAGACACAGGCGCUGUCACCACCCAGAUGGAGCUGGACUAUGAAGACCAGGUGUCCUACACGUUAGCCAUCACGGCCCGGGACAACGGCAUCCCACAGAAGUCUGACACCACCUACCUGGAGAUCCUGGUGAAUGAUGUGAAUGACAACUCGCCUCGGUUCCUCAGAGACCACUACCUAGGCUCUGUGAUGGAGGACGUGCCAGUGUUUACCAGCGUGGUCCAGGUCUCUGCCACUGACCGAGACUCUGGCCUCAAUGGACGUGUCUUCUAUACGUUCCAGGGGGGAGAGGAUGGUGAUGGAGACUUCAUAAUUGAGUCCACCUCUGGUAUUGUGCGAACGCUGCGUCGCCUGGACCGUGAGAACAUGCCUAUCUACAACCUGCAGGCCUUUGCUGUGGAUAAAGGUGUUCCUGCUCUCAAGAAGUCCGUGGACAUUCAGGUGACCAUCUUAGACGUGAACGACAACCCUCCCGUGUUUGAGAAAGAUGAGUUUGACAUCUUUGUAGAGGAGAACAGCCCAAUAGGCCUGGUAGUGGCACACAUAUCUGCCUCAGACCCAGACGAGGGGAGCAACGCCCAGAUCAUGUACCAGAUAGUAGAGGGAAACAUCCCAGAGGUGUUCCAGCUGGAUAUCUUCUCAGGAGAACUAACCGUUCUGACAGAUCUCGACUAUGAGACGCAGUCGGAGUAUGUCAUCGUGGUCCAGGCCACCUCCGCCCCACUGGUCAGCCGUGCCACCGUGCACGUCAAGCUGGUUGACAAGAACGACAACGUACCAGUGCUGAAAAAUUUCCAGAUCAUAUUCAAUAACUAUGUCACUGACAAGUCCAGUAGCUUCCCCACAGGGGUUAUCGGGCGGAUCCCUGCCCAUGACCCAGAUGCCUCGGACCAGCUCCAGUACAGCUUUGAGGCUGGUAAUGAGCUGAACCUGGUCAUCCUGAACCAGAGCACUGGGGAGAUACGCCUCAGCCAGGCCCUCGACAACAACAGGCCCCUGGAGGCCUCCAUGAGGAUAUCUGUCUCCGAUGGGAUCCACUCCGUGUCGGCCCAGUGUCUGCUCCAGGUCACCAUCAUCACAGACGAAAUGCUCUCCAACAGCAUCACGCUGCGAUUGGCCAACACCACCCAGGAGCACUUCCUGUCCCUGCUAUUGGCCCAGUUCUUGGAGGGCGUGGCCUGCGUGCUGUCAGCAGACCGCGAGGACGUCAUAGUGUUCAACAUCCAGGAUGACACAGACGUCAGCGCCCGGAUCCUCAAUGUCAGCCUGUCUGUGGCCGUGCCCAGGGAGGGCCCGCGUGGGGGGGGAGAGGGGUCCCGGGGGGACAGAAGAGUGGACAGAGGGGCAGCAGGGGCCAAUGGAGCGGCAGAGUACUUUGGUUCUGAGGAGCUACAGGAGAGGUUGUACCUGAACCGCAGUCUGCUGGCCCACAUCUCCUCCCAGCAGGUGCUGCCCUUCGAUGACAACAUCUGCCUGAGAGAGCCCUGCGAGAACUACAUGAAGUGUGUGUCCGUGCUGAAGUUUGACAGCCUGGCGCCAUUCGUGGCGUCCGACACCAUCCUUUUCCGACCCAUUCACCCCAUCGCCGGGCUGCGCUGCCGCUGCCCCACCGGCUUCACAGGAGACUACUGCGAGACAGAGAUCGACCUGUGCUACUCCAAACCCUGUGGAACCCACGGCCUAUGUCGCAGCAGAGAGGGAGGCUACACCUGCGAGUGCCUCGAUGACUAUACAGGCAAGCGGUGUGAGCUGUCGUGCCGCUCCGGGCGUUGUGCCCCAGGUGUGUGUAAGAACGGGGGCACCUGUGUGAACCUGCUGGUGGGAGGGUUCAAGUGCGAGUGUCCGUCUGGCAGUUAUGAAAAGCCCUACUGUGAGAUGACCACCAGGAACUUCCCCCUGCAGUCCUUCCUCACCUUCAAGGGCCUCCGCCAGCGCUUCCACUUCACCCUCUCCCUCUCGUUUGCCACGAAGGAGCCAAACGGUUUGUUACUCUACAAUGGCCGCUUCAACGAGAAGCAUGACUUCAUCGGUGUGGAAAUCGUCAACGAGCAGAUACAGCUCACCUUCUCUGCAGGUGAGACCAAGACGACUGUGUCACCCUACAUCCUUGGAGGUGUCAGUGAUGGCCAGUGGCAUGUGGUCCAAGUUUACUACUACAACAAGCCAAUCCUAAACCAGGCCGGCAUGCCCCAGGGUCCUUCUGACCAGAAGGUUGUCGUAGUAACCGUGGACAACUGUGAUACCUCAGUGGCGCUGCGAUUUGGAAAUGUGAUCGGGAACUACACCUGCUCUGCCCAGGGCAGCCAAUCAGGAUCCAAAAAGAGGUCUUUGGACCUGACUGGUCCUCUCCUCCUGGGGGGUGUGCCCAAACUACCUGAGGACUUCCCCAUCCAGAACCGCCAGUUUGUGGGCUGCAUGAAGGACCUGAGGAUCGACAACCGCCACAUCGACAUGGCUAGCUUCAUCGCUAACAACGGCACCCUACCGGGAUGCUCUGCUAAAAGACACUUCUGCAACAACAACCCGUGUAUGAAUGGAGGGACCUGUGUCAACCUGUGGGGCUCCUUCAGCUGUGACUGCCCCCUAGGAUUCGGAGGCCGGAACUGUGAGAAGGUGAUGGCCAACCCGCAGCGUUUCCUGGGUAACAGCUUGUUGCAGUGGACUAACCUGGCGGCGGUGGUGACUAUUCCAUGGCAUGUGGAGCUCACGUUCCGCACGCGUCAGCCUAGUGCCACCCUGCUGCACGUCACCGCCGGACAGCACCACAACCUCACCCUACAGCUGCGGGAGGGCAGUGUGGUGAUGGGCCUGCAGAGAGGGGAGGACUCCACCCUGUCCCGGGUAGAGGAGGUGACGGUGAACGACGGGGACUGGCACCAUCUACAGCUGGAGCUGAAGGGUGUCCCGGGGGACGCGGCCAGACACAAGGCUGUGCUCUCCUUGGACCAUGGACUCUACACGGCCAGUAUGGAAGUGGAUAAUAAGCUGAAGGGGGCGAAGGUCAAGACUCUGAGUGUCGGGGGCAUCACUGGGGCUGAUGGGAAAAUACAGCACGGCUUCCGCGGUUGUGUCCAGGGUCUGCUUGUGGGGGAGACCUCUUCCAGCUCGAUGUCUCUCAGCAUGUCUCAGGCCAGGAGGGUGAACAUGGAGCAGGGCUGCAGCGUACCAGACCCCUGUAUCUCUAACCUCUGCCCCUCUAACAGCUACUGCAGCGAUGACUGGGACAGUCACUCCUGUACCUGUCUCACCGGUUACUAUGGCGACAACUGCAUAGACAUAUGUGCACUAAACCCCUGUGAGCACCAAUCAGCUUGCACCAGGAAGGCUAGCUCCUCCCGUGGCUACACUUGUGACUGUCCCAGCAACCACUUUGGGCAGUACUGCGAGAGAAAGACUGACCUGCCGUGUCCCAGGGGUUGGUGGGGACAUAAGACCUGUGGUCCCUGUGACUGUCAGACAGACAGGGGCUUCGAUGCUGACUGCAACAAGACCAGCGGGGAGUGCCGCUGCAAGGAUAACCACUACCGUCCAGAGGGCAGCGAGGCGUGUCUGCUGUGUGAGUGUUACCCAGUGGGCUCCUUCUCGCGGGCGUGUGAGAGAGAGAGCGGUCAGUGCCAGUGUAAACCAGGGGUCAUUGGGCGCCAGUGUGACCGCUGUGACAACCCAUUUGCUGAGGUGUCGCCAAAUGGCUGUGAAGUGAUCUAUGACAGUUGUCCCCUGGCGAUAGAGGCUGGGAUCUGGUGGCCUAGGACUAAGUUUGGUCUCCCUGCAGCCGUCUCCUGUCCCAAGGGAUCUAUCGGCACAGCUAUCCGCCACUGUGAUGAACACAAGGGAUGGCUGCCCCCCAACCUCUUCAACUGUACCUCUGUCACCUUCACCAAACUCAAGGCCCUGUCGGAGAAGUUGGCCCGUAACAUGUCUCUCCUGGACUCUGGGCGUGUCCAGCAGACUGCAGCCAUGUUGGCCAACGCCACGCUGCACACGGUGGAGUACUACGGCAGUGACGUAAAGGUGGCCUACCGCCUCACCCAGAGCCUUCUGAAGUACGAGAGCCACCAGCAGGGCUUCAGCCUGACCGCCACGCAGGAUGUCCUAUUCACUGAGAACCUGGUGCGGGUGGGCAGUGCCAUCCUGUCCCCGGGCACCCGGCCACACUGGGAGCUGAUCCAGCAGACGGAGGGGGGCACGGCGGCACUGCUGCGCCAGUAUGAGGAGUACGCCAACACCUUGGCACAGAACAUGAGAAAGACCUACCUCAGCCCCUUCACCAUCGUCACUCCACACAUAGUCAUCUCAAUAGAUCGCCUCCAGAAGAUGAACUUUCCCGGAGCCAAGCUCCCUCGCUACCAGUCUCUGAGAGGACUGAGGCCUCAGGACCAGGAGACGGCCGUCACCCUCCCUGACUCCGUCUUUGAGCCACCCUCGGAGACCAAGGGCCACCGCCACCUGGACACCUUCCCAGAACCCUUCCUGAGGAACCACACGUCCAACAGGAAGAGGCGCCAUAGAGGUCCUGACGACCCCGAGCAGGAAGCCAUCGCUAGUGUAAUCAUCUUCCACAGCCUGGCCUCACUUCUGCCUGAGAGCUACGACCCUGAUAAGAGGAGUCUGAGGGUGCCCAAGCGUCCUGUCAUCAACACCCCUGUGGUCAGCAUCACGGUCCAUGACAACGAGGAGCUGCUGCAGCACACCCUGGACAAACCAAUCACUGUGCAGUUUCGCAUGGUCACCGCUGAGGACCGCUCCAAACCCAUCUGUGUCUUCUGGAACCACUCCAUACUAGCGGGGAACGGAGGCUGGUCAGCUAAAGGCUGUGAGGUGGUGUUCAGGAACAACACUCACAUCAGCUGCCAGUGUUACCACAUGACCAGCUUUGCUGUCCUCAUGGAUGUCUCCAGGAGAGAGAACGGUGAGAUCCUGCCCGUGAAGCUGGUGACGUGGAGCACGGUGGGUGUGACCCUGGUCUUCCUCUUUCUCACCACCCUCUUCCUCCUCUGCCUGCGGGCCAUGCACUGCAACAAGACCAGUAUCAUCAACAAUGGAGCCACCGCCCUCUUCAUCUCCGAACUCAUCUUCAUCCUGGGCAUUAACCUGCCAGACAACCCGUUCGUGUGCACAAUCAUCGCCAUCUUACUGCAUUUCUUCUACCUGUGCACCUUCUCCUGGCUCUUCCUGGAGGGCCUGCACGUCUACCGCAUGCUGAGCGAAAUACGAGACGUCAACUACGGACCCAUGCGCUUUUACUACAUGAUCGGCUGGGGUGUCCCGGCCUUUAUCACAGGCCUGGCGGUCGGACUGGACCCAGAGGGUUAUGGGAACCCAGACUUCUGCUGGCUGUCCAUGUACGACACUCUGAUCUGGAGCUUGGCAGGGCCCAUCGCCAUGGUGGUGUUUAUGAACAUCUUCCUGUACAUCCUGGCCUCCAGAGCAUCCUGCUCCAUGAGACGCCACAGCUUUGAGAAGAAAGAGCCCCCUGUCUCUGGGCUGAGGACUGCGUGUGGGGUUCUCCUCCUGGUCACUGUAACAUGUCUGUUAGCUAUACUCUCAGUCAACAGUGACAUGAUCAUCUUCCACUACUUGUUUGCUGGAUUCAACUGUCUCCAGGGUCCCUUCAUCUUCUUGUUCCGCAUCGUCUUCAACAAGGAUGCCAGGAAAGCCAUGCGUUACUGCUGCAGCCGCAAGCGUCCAGAUCACAUGAUCAAGUCCAAGCCCUCUUCAUAUAACUGUAACACCAGCUACAUGGAUGGCAGACUGUACCACCUGCCGUUUGGAGACUCCAGUGUGUCUCUGAACGGCACCCUGCAGAGCGGCAAGAGCCAGCAGAGCUACGUCCCUUUUGUCCUUAGGGAUGAUGGUGGCCUGAAUAACAGCCAGGCACACAUGGCUCUGAAUGAACACGGCUCACUCUUCCAUGAAACUAAAGAGCAUUUAGAUAAUCCCAACUCUGACUCGGACAGUGACCUCUCUCUGGAGGACGACCAGAGCGGCUCAUACGCCUCCACACACUCCUCUGACAGCGAGGAGGAGGAGCCCUACCCACCAGAGGGAUGCUGGGAAAGCGUGGCCUCCAACGUGUCUAACAGACCACACCCUCAGGAUAACAACCUGAGUAAGCUGUACUGGCCAGUGGAGUAUAUGACGACAGCUAGCAACAGUGAGGGCCUCGGGGGAGCAGACAGGCUGAAGACAGAGUCUCUGGCCAACACUGAGCUGGGCCAGACUCGGGACACCCGAGGCAUGCCAAGCGAAAGGCCAGGGGACAAGGCAGGUAGCUAUGGGAAGGAUAACUUGAUGCUGCUACUUCCCAGUCUGCCCAACCUCAAUGCACACCCACAGAAAGGAAUCCUGAAGAAGAAGCAGCUCUCCCCCAUCGCGGAGAGAAAUGGUAUCAACCGCAUCCAUAACGAGCUGUCAAAGAAUGCUCCAGGCCACGCCUCCUCUCGGGGCUCCUCCUCCAGUGAGAGCCGAGGGGGCCGGGCCAAGCCCAGCCUACCAGAUCAGCUGAAUGGUGUCGGCAUGAGCAUCAAGGCGGGAACAGUGGACGAUGACUCGUCAGGAUCAGAAUUUUUAUUCUUUAAUUUUAUUCACUGAAGCACUUGAUCCUCAUUUGAAAUCAGGAUCACUGUCUUCAUGUCGAUGGAUCAUUCAGCCCUUACAACCAUCCUUCACCCCUUACAACCAAAAUAAGAAUCCCGUGUGUGUGUGAAUAAUUCUCAUUCAUUUUUUUCCUGUGUUGUGUUAUGUUUGUCACUGACACCAUCACCCUGUUUACCCAGCAGCCACCGUAACACAUAUGAGCAGGCUGACGGAGGGGUGUGUAUUUGCAGGUCAUAGAGCCCUGCCCCUCAUCGCCACGCCCACUUUUCUCUGAGUGACAGGAGCUGAUGUGUGAGGAGACACAGAGCGUUGGACUGUCCUCACCUGGAGAUCCAUGGAGUACCCUUUCUCUUCCCCCUCAUUUUUUAAGAGGGUGCAUGUGUGUGCGAGCGAGCACGAGAGACAGAGAGCAACACCUCAGGAGUCUCUGCACUGGCCCAGGCUUGAGAGCACUGAUGGAAUGAGUCUCCCUCUUUAAAAAAAAAUAGAUAUCAUUGUUUGUUUACAUACUUGAAGCGAUGCACUUUUUUAAUAAUUUACACUGCCUGACCAGAUGUGCUGGUAGUCAACUGGAGCAGAUGUUUUGUUUUAUGUUGUGGUUGUUUUUAUGUUUCAAACUCCGGAGAUACGGAACAAUGAAGUCCUCCUUUGGCUGUGUCAUUUAGCUGUAAGGUUUUAAACGUUCAGGGACUUUCCUUAUCUAAUUUGUCAUUUCAGAAAGAGUCGCCUGUACAGUUGUUGUUUUGUUUGAGGAUUUAAUUGUUCUACUGAGGCCAGUUUGAGUUUUGCUGCAGUGUAGAGAGGACUCACUCUUCUCCACUCCAGUCUCAGGAAGCUGCCAGCCUGAGCUGGUGGACAGGAGGAGCAGUCAGUCCAACAUGUCCCCAGACUGAACAGGAGAGAUGAACAGCUCCACCCAGCUGAGGUCAGGCACUGGAGGAAAGGGACUCCUGUUGGAAGUAUGGCUGGAGAACUGGGUUGUGGACAGUGAGAGGCCAUGGGGUCACUCGGUAUUGCCAUGCCCCGUAUUGGACGUGCUCUGUAAACAGUUUCUCUCACUAUGGAAGGAUGUUUAAUCAAGGCAACAGUGACCAGCCAGCUGUCAUCCACAUAGAGGGAAGAACGCCUGCCUUUCUCCACCACUUCGCCUUUGUUUUAUUACAUCAUCAUUGGAGGAAAAGAGUGUGCGUGUCAAGAAUUUGUAUAACAAGGACUUUUGAUACAUCUUGACUUUUGUAAAUUGUUGGGAGCUAAUUUUUGUAUGGACACUGAAGAUGCUCCCAUUUUUGUAUGCUUUUGUCCAAGGGAUAUUUGCCUUCAUUUGAAUCAGUGACUAAACGACUUUGUAUUUUAUAGAUUAGAUAUGAAGGACCCAUUGUUUUGUAAAAUACUUACUGAAAUACUUGCAAACUUGUGCUGUAAUACUCUUUGAAAUGUAUUCCAAUUUCACUGUACAGAGUUGUCUGUAAAAUGACAUGCACUAAUACUUCAUGCAACAUAUUGAAUCAUACUGCAUAAACUGUACACAACUCAGAGCUCAAAUAUACCGUACACCACUACAUUCCAACUAUCGAAAAGCAGUUCAGGCAAUAUAUUGAUGUGUAGGAAAGAAAACCUGUUAUUUGUCUCGCAUAUUACUUAUUUUGAUGUGUAAAUUGUAGAUAAUGUUUAUCUGCCUUAAAAGGUUUUAUUAAUUUAACAUUACUCCACAAGCACCAACACACAGCCUUCAUCGGAAUCAUGUUUUAUUGGAAGAUUUAAUAACACUACAGUUCCUGAGAGGAUUGUCUGUUUGUACUGGUGCUCCCUAAAAUGAAAUGAACUGGCAUCUGAGAGCAUUCUCCAUGAUACAGUACCUCAACAAUAUAUGUGCCAAGUCAAGGUCAUUUCUUGUUUCUUUAAAAUGUUUUCCUUUUUUACAACACUAUGAUAUCAAGGUAAAUACAAGGUGAAGCUUAGUAAAACAUUUGCUGAAGGGUUAUUGAAUAUCAGGUUCUACAAAAGAGUUCAACCUCUUCUUUUCAUAUUGCAGCCUAUUCAUUACCACAUUAUCGGGAUCCUAAUGAAUCACUUUGUUGAGACUCAACUGUGAAGCGCUCUAGAUAUGCUACUCUCAUACUCCAUAUGUUUGAAUAACACAAUUUUUCUGUUUCCUUAUUAUCUGGUUGGUACGAACAGUUCAUAAUUGGAGCUCCAAGCAAUCAACUGCUUAAAACAAAGACCUGUAGUAGGUUACUGAUGUCAAAGCUUUAGUGAUACAGGGUUGACUAGAUAAAGGAAUUCUCCAAAAUGCAAUCAGUAAAACAGACAUGCUUUUAA